GCACGUUUUUGUUUGUUCCAAGAACCGGUUUCUGAACCUUCUCAUCCGUGUUUGCCAUGUCGCUCCGUGCUCCCAAUGGCCGCCGGGCGACCAUGCCUCCGCAGCGCGCGUUUGCGGGGGCGUCGGUGUCUCCCCCACCAGUGCACCACAUGCGGAAUGUGCCUUCGCACUUGGCACUCAGCGGUAUGUCCAGCCCAAAGACGCCAGCAAGCCCGGCACACCGGGCAUCGCAAAGCCCCGCGCAUUACAACGGCAACAACUACGUCAGUUUCAACAACGGCAUGACACCAUUGCCAGUGCGUCAAUCUUUGGUUGUCCCUGCGGCUUGGAAUGGGGUUUCACCCCGUCAUACGGUGUCACCCCGUCAAGUACUACAACGACAAUCAACCGGCCCCAUCAAAGUCAACAGAGCUCCGGUGCGGAACUUGUCGAUCUCCAGUACGGCGAGCACAGUGAGUACGGCGCAAGGUUCGUACCAGCGUGUUAGCAGCAGGGAAAGGGAAUCCAGGAGGAAGGAGCCGGAAAUAUUCCAACAGGAAUUGGAAAGCAUGGAUGAGGAGUUGCGAGCACUUUGUGAAAGCAUAGACUCAGACAAGGACGGCGUGAUCUCCCGCUGGGAUUUCUUUUCUGCGGUCCAAGACAAUGAGUCGGUGGCCACUACAUUGCUCCCAGGGAGAGAUGGCAGCCAAGUUAUGAAGUCUUCAGACACGUUUGACGAGGCAGAUCGGGUUUACCGGCACAUGGCAGGCAACAAGGGCCGCCUGACGUACACCGAUUUUGCUUUGCAGUGGAUGGCUGCAAAGGCUCCCAAGGAGAAGCUUCCAAGUGACCUCUACGAUAUUUUCAACAUUAUUGACGUAGGUGGCGUGGGGGAGGUCUCCCGCUUGGCGCUGCUCAGUGCGGUGGAGGCCUCUGCGCUGGUGGCCAUCAGGCUGCUGCCAGGUGUCGACGCCAGCGUCCCUGAACAAGUGUUCACUGCCACGCAGGAUCUCUUUGAUGCCAUCUCUCAUGGCAAGCGCCGCAUUACUCUGCUUGACUUCGAAGAGCACUUCAAAAAGCGGCGACCAUCUCUGACCAUGAGCCGCAGCAGGGCUUGCGUGCUGCCUGGCAACGGCAUGUUGUGGCGAGCUCCAGUUUAUUGAGUGGAUAGGGCCGAAAAUGGUGCCACCUGCCCGCACCAUCGUUGCAGAGCUCGGCAAGGGACACAGCUCCCACGUUCAGAUUCCCGAUAUGGGAUAGAUGUAGCGAGUGGCGGUCAACCCGAAGGAGUUGAUGGCCAGAUGUUUUUGGAGACCGGGCACAGGACCCGGUCCUUGAGCAGGGCCUUUGAUGAGGGGAAAUGUUCA